AUUUUUCUCACUCUAUGACAAAAUCGAUCUAGUCAAAAUACAAACCAAAUAUGAAACUAAUAUGAAAUAUUAAUUUUGUAUCAAUUUUAAUUACAUAUGAUAGUACUACAUAGACAGAGGAAUGAAGAAAAUACCAGGAAUUGUUCCACCACCACCGAAAUGUGAAAUAGAUGGUAAAAUCACAAAUCUAUCGUCUAAAACACUUGCCGAACUUUUUGAGCUUCGCGAUCGACAAUUAAAACUACUGAAAAACAAAGGCUUUAUUAAUAGAUUGCCUGAUAAAGGUGCAAAAAUACAAGAACUACAUAACAAAAUUCUGAAAGUAAUAAAAUCGCGCGAAGAAGAGGAAAAUGUAAACGAUUUACUAGAAAAUUUGAAUCUAAACAAUGAUAGCGUCCAAAAUAUUGAAUGGGAAGGAAAAUUAGUGAACAACGAGAAUACUUAUCUAGACUCUGACGAUGAUAGUGAUCCAGAAGACGUCUUACAAAUAUUAAGUCAGCAAACAGCUCAAGAUAAAAAGCUAAAAGUCAUACAACAAGAAACACCUUUAGUUACGCCUGAAGAUUUAAUUAACAUUGGUGAAAUCCCACAUGUCAAAUAUUUGGUAGAGAAAGCAGAACAAAACAUUGAACCUAAACCAACUGGUCAUUUCAAACCAUAUAAAACUACAAAAACAGAUGUGCAUAGACCUGAAAAGGAAGUCCAUAGAAAGAAGCACAAACAUUGGGAGGUAACUGCUGCAACACCUCCUCCUAUUCUCCACGGUCCUGUGAAAGUAUUAUCAUUAGAUGAGUCUUUAAAGCUUCAAAAAGAAUACAACAAGCAUUUGCAAGAAAUUCAGAUAAAAUAUGCAACUGAAAAAUUAAUGUCAUUGAAAGGGAUACAAAUGAUUCCAAUUCCAGAAACAUCAAAGUUUAAUGACUAUAGAGAACCUGAGAGUGAUAAUUCUGCAGGAUUAUCAGAUAUCGAGGAAAGUGAUGAAGUUCAUGAUGAGGAACCAGAGAAGGGAGGAGUAGUUUUUACUGUAAUGAAAUAAUUCUAUGAGAAUGUUCCCACAUACUAUUUAUGUGUGUCUUCUCCUCAUUGAUAUUGUAUAUGGGCAGACCCUUCACUUUAUCUGCAAAUUUAUCUGGCCACUGGUCCUAUGCCACAUUAUAUAAGAAAAAAAGUAUUUAAUCAAACUAGUGUAUAAGUUUUUUUAUAUUAAAAUGUAUAUACAAAUGUUUUUGCU